AAGUUGCGCUUUUGAGGUAGUUGAGGUGCUGGAGGAAGGACGCAAGCCCACCCGGCUGAUGGUGGAGGCGCGUCGGGACUCGGGUUACCGCGCAGAGGCUGGCAGCCAAAAAGUUGCCGCAUCGAGGUGCAGCGAGCCUGCUCUCAACCACGACCUCCGCAACCGUCUCGAUGGCGCUCUCAACACCCGCAUUUUCCCUCUCGCAGGAUGCCACACACGUCUUUGUAGACGUGCGGCCUGCGGAAGACGCCGACCUGAGCUCGCUUGGAUCGCCGCGCGCCGUGGCCGAGGGCGUGACCUUUGGCCUGAUCUGGGGCCAGAGCUACCUGCCGCUCGUACUGCCGCACGCCGUGCAUGCCAACCCGACUUGCUUACUUGAUGAAGAGGGCCGAAAGGCUCGCAUCGCUCUGCGCAAGGUGCAGCCUGGCCUGCAAUGGGCGGAUCUCGAUGCUCUGCAGCCGCAGAUCCUGCCUGAGGCAAGCGCAGCCGAUGAGCCCAUGACUGCAGCUGGCGACGGCUCGCAGCCACAGGCGCCAGAGUCAGUCGCGAGAGAGAUGCUUGCGCAGGCUGUGGGCCGCGAGAAUGCUGCGCGCGGACAGCGCGGUCAAGGACGCAUCAUCGAACUCGAUGCCGCGCCUGUCGACGGAGAGGAAGACAAGCCAUCGGGCUCAGACGUUUCGCUGCUCCGGUCACCACGAGUGCCUACAUCACUGGCUACUCAGGUGCACGAAGCACCGCGCGAGGAGGCUGACGCGGACAGCGACGUGGAGUGGGCGCAUCGGCAUGCCAUCGCUGAGGACCGCGAGAAUGCUGCGUUCGACGAGGGCUGGUACCUAGACAAUCACGUCGAUGAGAAUCAGGAGAUUCUCGAGCUGCUGGACUGGAAGCCGCGUCUGGUCGACCAGGCAGCGCCGUCAGCAGGAGAAGAAGGCGCGCUCCGGCCCGAGCACCUGCUCCUCGUCGAGCUGCUCUUCGCCGCCGCGUACGAAGCACGGACUACACAAGGCGAGGCGACUGUCGAGAGCGGCUGGACGAUCGCCUCACUCUGCCGCUCGCUCGUUGUCUCCGCGCUGCCGCGCGCAGACACCACGCUCGCACAGACUCUGCGAGCCUCCUACCGACGAGCGCUGGUCCGUCCGCUGUAUCGCUCGUGGCGUCUGUGCGAUCAGGCCGCUCAAGACGUCGCACAUGUGCUCCAAGGAGGACGCAGCAGUGCUGCUCAGCACCUCGACAGCGUCGCCGAUAUGCUGCGCGAAGGCGCAGACGCGGCCCUGCCUCUGUAUGCGCGCGACACUGUCGAGCCGCUCAGCAGGUGGCUGCAGCACCACCCCGACGCGAGCGACGCGAGACUUGCACAGCUGGCAAGUCAGUAUCUCGCAGCGCAAGCAGCGCAGACAAAGAGAAGCGUCGGCGGCGACUGGGACCUCGAGGAGCUCGAGCAGGCCGCGCAGGCGGUGCUCGACGAGGAGGCGGGCAUGCAGCAAUGA